UUAGGCCAAGGCUGACAAGUACUGGAAUCCUCUACAAGACGGAUUUGAACCGCAGUGGCAGUUCUGUUUAGGAAAAUGCAGCUUCUGAGCAAGUUGAUGGCUAUCGCAAAACCUCACAGCCUUGCUCUACAGGAACAAAGUGAGAUCCUGAGAACAGAUGUGUCUUGGCAGCAGGAAACUAUCCCUGUCACAGAGACAUGUGACCCCGAGGCAUCUCGUCAAAAGUUCAGAAAUUUCCAGUAUUUGGAGGUAUCUGGCCCUUAUGAAGCCCUGAGCCAACUCUGGGGACUCUGUCUUCAGUGGCUGCAACCAGAGAUUCAUACCAAGGAGCAGAUUCUGGAACUAUUGGUGCUGGAACAGUUCCUAACAAUUGUCCCUGAAGAAGUCAGGACUUGGGUCAAUUUACAGCACCCAAAGAACAGCAAAGAUGUGGUUACCCUCAUUGAGGACGUGAUUGAAAUACUCAAAUAUAAAGAAACACCCUGCAAGGACUCUGUCCUCCAGAAGGGGGUCAUCAGGAAGGAGAAAAUGGAAACUGACUCACUAAGAGACGAGCUCCAGGAGCCAGUGACAUUCAAAGAUGUGGUUGUGGAAUUCAGCAAGGAAGAGUGGGAGCAGCUAGACUCUGCUGGCAAGAACCUGUACCGGGAUGUGAUGUUGGAAAACUACAGGAACCUGAAUUCAUUGCAUGAAGGUAGAGCCGAUGGCAAACCAGUUGAGAUCCCAAAGUUGCAAAGCAAGAAAAAUAGAUAGAUAAUGGAAAGAGAAAUUGGAAGAAGAACCAUUUUUGAUAACAUUUCUGGAGAAGAAUCAUUCCCUGGAAUAAUUGUGACAAAGCUUUUCAGAAGCAGACACCCUUCCUUAGCUCUCCAGAAAGAUGAAGAUUGGUUACACAGGAACCAGAACAAGCAGUAUGUAAAUUUGCCACAAGAAGCUUUCAUUCUUGAGACAAUGGACAAUGAGGGAGACUCUGAAUGUAGUGAAAAUCAGAAAAGUGUUGAUAUGAAGUCAGUUAACUCAAUUUAUGAUAUUCAACAGGGAAUUCCUGUAAGAAAUCAAUUCCCAAAGGAAGAUAAGUUUAAAACUAACUUCAAAUUUAAUCUAGACUCAGGAGAUAAACUGCAUUCAGAAUAUAAUUUAUGUGGAAAUGCCUUGAGUCCAAGUAUAGAUACAGUUCUACAGCAAAAAAGUCAUACCACAGUGAAUUUCUAUGAAUGUUAUCAAUGUGGGAAAGCCUUUAGCCGAAGUUCAUCCCUGAUCCGACAUCAGAUCAUUCACACAGGAGAGAAACCCUACAAAUGCAGUGAAUGUGGGAAGUUCUUCAACCGACGCACAAACCUUACUAAGCAUCAAAAGACUCAUACUGCAGCAAAGGCUUGCCAAGAAAGUAAAUGUGGGAAAGCCUUCAAAAACAGUGAGGACCAUAAUAGAAAUCCAAGACUGCAUUCUGGAAGUUAUCCUUAUGAAUGUAUUGACUGUGGAAAAUGCUUCAACCGCAGCUCUUCCCUUAUUCGACAUCAAAUGAUUCACACAGGAGAGAAGCCAUUCACAUGUAAGGAAUGUAAUAAAACCUUCAACAGGCAUUCAAACCUUAGUAAACAUCAGAAACUUCACACUCGAGUUGAAUCCUGAAAAGCAAGAAUUAUGGAAUUACCUUUGAUCAAACUCAUUCAGCAUCCAUGAAUUUAUGUUGGAGGGAAUCUGUGACUAUAUACUAAGUGUAAGGAAACAUUUGUCAGAUAUUAUUCUGUAAUGAUAUGACAAUAUGAUUAAUAUUGGAUAAAAGUCUGUUAUUGAAUAGAAAUUUGUUUGAGGGAACGUUUCCAGAUUUUCAAAUAAAGCCCAAGGGUUUUCAGUUAAACAUAAUAUUGCAAGUCUCUCUAUCAUUGUUUUGGUAUCUAUUCCCCUCACAUUUUUCAAGUUUAUAGAUGAGAUCUAUAGCAUACCUGCAUUCACUUGAUUUAUUGUUGAGCCAAGUAAAACUGAAUUUGAUAAUAAAACUUAAACUGUCAGUCAUUAUGAGAAGAUCACAAGAAACCAGGGGUUUAUGGGAAUAUGAGAGAAGACUUCUGAUGACUGAAAAGUCUGAAUUAUUGGCACUGAAUGCCAAUUUCUUCAUCCCUGGCAGUAUCCUUGGCUAUCCUGGUGCUGAAUGGGGACUAGAAUUGAACAGUGUUAUUAACUGCAAUGAGAGAUGGAUCUGUUGUUAUUAAUCUAUAUGUAUUCCCAAAAUCUACAUUUGUUUAAAGUGCUUUUGGGG